AUGGCGAGCAAGGAAGCAUCCACUGCAAACGAAGAUUUCGGCGACUUCGUGAAGAAUGAAGACGAAGAAGUUGAUCUCGAAGAGCUUGUUGAGCCAUGGUAUAGGUACGACACAGAAGACAACGAAUAUCCCCUCUAUCCUAUUCACCUCGGGGAAGUGCUCAACGAGAGAUAUUUGGUCGAACACAAACUUGGCUUCGGUGGUGGCUCAACUGUGUGGAUGGCCUUUGACCAGCAAGAUAAGAGAGAAGUGGCCCUCAAAGUUAUGGCCUUGGGAAAAUGGAGCGACAAUGAGAUUCGAAUCCAGAAUGAGAUUAUCAAGACGGUACAGGAUACUUCUCGUUUGGUCAUCUAUGCUGCGACUUUUUUUCUACCCCGAGACGAGAAGGUUAACCAUAGGGUCUUGGUCGUUCCCGUGAAAGGGCCGUCUAUCUGCACUAUCACCUUAAAAAGACUCCCAUGGCCUCUCGUAUGUCUGCAGCUCGACAAUUACUGGAGACUGUGGCAGGGUUACAUCAAGCUGGAAUCAUUCAUCGCGACGAUACCAUUUGUCGAUCUCUGGAAAAAGGGUGAGCUUGUAAGCUCUGUUCAAGUUCCCGAAGACCUUCUCCGCAGAGAUGAGUUUUAUCUUUGUGAUUCCGGUUUAGCAAAGAAAGUUGGCGACCUCAUUACCCAACGUGGCUACCCGCCUAUGGAGUAUUGCACCCCAGAUCGACUUCACAAGCAAGAGCCAAGUUUUGCUUGCGAUAUGUGGAGCUAUAUGGCUAUUCUUUUCCAUGCUUUACCUCACAUUUCCUCCGUUUCCUACAUUUCUCGAGGGUGGAGUCGCCCACUACCUCAGGAGUGGAAAGGUCUCUACACCCAUCCUGGCGGACUUGAUUCAUGGUAUGAUCAGUCUCAGUCUCCUAAUCCCGAGCAUGACCUUACCGCGAAGAUUGCAUAUUUUCGUCCCGAUGCUGAUCCGGUCGAGCGGCAACAUGUGCUAUCCAUCAUGUCCAAAGUCUUUGUCUACGAUCCGGAAAAACGGCCGACUGCGGUAGGACUUUUGCGAGACCCUUCAUUCAGAGCUAUCAUGGAUCGGUACGGGUGCUGA